UGAUACAUUGAUCGCUUUGCUUUGAUUCUGCAUUGACGUGUACUGAGUAAUAUUUCAAAUAAUACAUACAGAAGUGCCAUUGUGUGAAUAAUUUUGAAUAUCCGUGUGUGGCGUCGCAAUAUUUACAAUUCAAAGUUGUUGGAACUGAUCUAAUCACCAACAAACUCUUUUGUAUCCUGCUAUCGGAAUAUAAAGACGUGAACCCGUCAAUAUGGUGGCUGAGGAUUGUAUAGAAGAGAGAGAUAUUGUGGAGGAUCUGAAUGUCGUGGAAGCGCAAGCUCCCGAGGUAGUGCAAGACUCCGAUGAUUCGCCUGAUGAUGAAGAUGAUAGCCUCUCUGAUCCUGAACCUCCGGACACAGAAAGUAGCCAAGAGGAAGACGAUGACGAUAUCGUUAGUUCUGAUUCGGAGGUCGAUAAUGCGGCGUCGAACUGGCCAUUGCACGAACGCUGCGUGCACGGAGAGAUUAAUAAUAUUUCUGUCCCUUUGGACAGGAGUGAGGUUUACUGUCGCUUCAAUGAACCCUACCAUGAACUAGAAUCGUUGAGCAAAUAUCAUUACCGGGAGUGGUCCGAGGUUGAACAUAUCUUCAUGCCGGUUAUAGAAUUCGCUGAAGAAAUGUUUGGUGACGACUGGUCUCCAUGUUCCAGCCCCUGCCCUUUAUGCAUGGAUUCAUAAGCGCACAAAGGAAACAAAAUGCUACAACAUCUAAUAUGUUGUUUUAAAUUUCAAUAAAUUCAUUUUCUUAUUUUC